AUGAUGGGAAAAAGAGCGGCGGCGGCGGUGCUGGUGCUGGUGGUGAUGCUGACGUGGCAGGAUACGUGCCGAGGAUUCACUGCGGAGGAAAUGGUGAGGUUAGAGGCGGAGCACGCGAGAAACGCCGCUGAGACGGCGAAGCAAAUAGCGGCGAAGACAUUUGAAGAAGCGAAGGACAAGUCUGCGUCGUGGGGCGAUUGGGUCUCCGACAAAACCUCCACAGGAUUUGGAAACAAGAAAGAAGAAGCAAAGGAAGCGGUGGACAGCGCAAAGAACUAUGCAUACGACAAAGCAGGUCAAGUGAAAGACUUUGCGUACGAGAAGGGUGAUCAUGUUAUAAGGAUGGCAACGGACAUGAGCCAGGAAGCUAAAGAAAGGGCAUACGAAGGAGCCAAACAAGGGUCGAGGAGUGGUAAAGAUAUGGCAGAAGACAAAGCAUACGAUGCCAAAGAAAGCAUGGAGAAGGCUAUGGAUUACGGGAGAGAGAAAGCGAACAAGGGUUACGAGGCCAUGGAAGGAUCGGUUGAGUACGCGAAAGAGAGAUCGUUCGAAGCCAAGGAUGGCGCGGGAGAAGCGGCUAGAGCUUUCGAAGAGGCCAUUGAAAAGGUCGGGGAGAAAUAUGGUGAAGCCAAGGAGACGAUGACCCAGAAAUCUAGAGAUGCUUACGAGGCUGCAAAAGAGAAAGCUUCUCAGGCUGCUGGAGAGUUGGGUUCCGAGAUGAGACAUCGAGGUGCCGAGCUAUGA